AUGUGGUGGAAUUCCGGUCCACAUUUGCGUCGUCGUAUGAUGGUGGAGGCUGGCUUGGUGGAAGGCGGCUCAAGGACCUCUAGCACCUUCUUUGGUGGUGGCAAUGCGGUCGACGAGUUUAAGGAUGCGCUAGUAUCGAAAUUUGGCACCCUCUCUCGUGCAUGGCGCUUGGGCUUGGAUGUCGAUGGCAGCGGCAAGAUGGACAUGCGAGAGUUCUGCGAGGCACUCCGGAGGCUGGGCUACGUGGGCAACAUCCGGACACUUUGGCACUUGCUUGAAGGUGGAAACUCAGGCACUAUUUCAUUUGAUGAGUUGGAUCGCAAAGCUGCAGCUGCACUUGAGAAGUUUCGAGUGAUGAGCUUGAUGAACCACAAGUCAAUAGAGCACAUGUGGAAGGUGGUGAUGGACAAAGAUCGGAGCAACCAUGUUGGCCUUCCACUAUUCCUGGAAGGUUGCAAAGCUUUAGGCUACGAAGAUGAGGAGGAGGUCAAGGAACUCUUUGAACAUCUCCUGCUGAGAGGCGGUAGUCGCAACCUGUCUGUGGAGGACAUCGUUUUCUUGCAGAGCUGGGAAAAAACAAAGCGAAAGAAGGCAGAAAGGAGACGCCUUGGAGUACGCUGGGUGAAUCGAGAUCCUUUCCUGACAGCGAGGGUCUUGGACCCGAGCAGAUCCUCAGAUUUGUUCGGAAGUGAAGAGUACUCCAAUCGGGUGUCUGUGGACUGGGACGAGGAGGUGCGCAAGUUCCGGGUCUUUUUGAUCAAGACCUUUGGCUCCUUGCCGCAAGCCUUCGAGGCAAUCGAUGCCAACAAAAGCGGGGAGCUUUCGCUGGUCGAAUUUCAAGCUGCAGUAGCCCAGCUCCUCAAGUAUUGUCGACAUGGUGAAGCAAAGCAACUCUUCCGGACGCUGGUGCACCCUGGCAACGUGUUGACCUGGCAAGAGCUGGGGAUCAGCAAGGUGGAAUGGACUGCACACCGUAUGCAAAAGGCUCUGAAUGCACGGCGGUUGGAUGUGCAGGCCAAGCUGAACGCCCUUGCACCACUAGGGGCAAGCCCUCGAAUGCGAAAGGCUGAGACUAGCCACAUACUGCGGAUCAGAGAGCAAAAACCAAGUGGCAAGUUUGUCUUCAACUCGCCCUUGCCACCGGGCUGGGGUCCACCACCAGAGUAUGUCCCACUGGAACCGCCCAGGAGUAGCCAACUUCGAAAGAGAUUUGGAUUUAGUUGA